UUGAGGUUGGAUUUUGGAGAAUUUAUUGUUUGUCAAUUUCAAUUGUCAAAUUGUCAUACAAAUUUGUAUUUUAGGUGUGUAUUUUCAAUUUAGGCCUAAGUUACAACUACUACAGUUUAAAGAACCAUUUUUGUCAUCACAAAAUGGGUGGAAUGAGGUGGAUAUUGGGGACUGGAGUGAUAGUGAUAGUAAUUCAGGAGUUGAGAUUUUGGAUUCAGUUGAGGAACUGGCCAAUCAAGUGGGCCAGACUCAAGACACACCAAGAGAACUACUGGAAUCUACACAAAAAUUGGACGACUCUAAAUUUGAAUGGAUACCUAUUACACCAAAUGAGGCAGAAUUACCAUUCUCACCAUACACGAAGUAAGGAACAACUGGAUAUACCACAUCACAGGCUAGCCAUCACAGGAGAUGGAUGCACCCUCCUUCAGAAGGCGCUGAAAGGAAUACUAAUUAUAGGCCUCUGUACUCUGUAAAAGAACUUAAGGAAGAGCACCUAGUGAGAUAAGUGUAUGUCUGCCAUAUCAUCCGUUAAACAGCCAGGUUUUUGAAGGAAGAAAGAUGUAGCCCCAGCUCUGGACAAAAAUGUUAUGGAGAAGGUUGGCCGCUGUACAGGGCAGCUAUAGUUAUUAUUAUAUGUUGCCUUUUAUUGUUAUGUACUGUUUUUAUACUUUACCAAUAAACCUUAUAUUUAU